AGUGACGCUUGGACCAGAAUGUCGCCAGCACACCUCAGUUCCAGACAUGGCAGCGUUGAGACAGGAGCAUCGGUAUGGGCUCUCCUGUGGAAAGAUUAACAAAAGCAUUCCCAAUAAAACCAUCUUUCACGUCAAGCUAACCGACACGGCCAUCCGGACGCUGGAAGCUUAUAAGAAUCUCAAGGGGUCCUUACCAAAUCAGCCGGCAAUUUGCUUCAAGGGGAACCAGGGGUAUAUCAAGAUUCCUGCUUCCUUGGAUUCUCCUGAUGCAUUCCGUGUCUUCUCCUUCUACCUGUCCAGUGACAGUAAAGACAAACCUCAGGCCAGCUUCGACUGUAUUCACCAGUUUGUUUCUGGAGAUGGCAGGGAGCAUCUGGAAAGUCAGGGCAGUAUUCAGGACAAAAUCACGGUGUGUGCCACCGACGAUUCCUACCAGAUGACCCGCGAGCGCAUGUCUCAAGUGGAAAAGGACAUCUGGAGUCGCUCAGCCAUCGAGAUCAAACCUGGAUCCACACGUCCAAGUAAAUGUGUGAAGAUUCAGAAGAAACAGGGCCUGCCGACCAGCUUUGACAACACUAAUAAACAUUCACCCAGCAACAAGAGGAACAGUACACCUAGCUUGGUGGCCCACAGGUCCUUGAAAGAACGUGUCAUUCAUGUUCUGGCCUUAAAGCCCUACAGCAAGCCAGAACUACUGCUCUGGCUGGAGAGGGAGAAGGCCAGCCCCAAGGACAAGGCCGACUUAAACGCUGUGCUGGAUGAGGUGGCUAAACUCAAUCCCAAAGACCACAGCUUUACUUUAAGGGAUGAUUUCUACAGACAUGUGCGGAGGGACUGGCCCGGCUAUGUCGAGGAAGAGCGGCAACUCAUUCAAAGGGUGUUGGCAAGAAAACUCCAGCCUCUCAGCAGCAGCAGCAGCAGUAGCCAGUUGAAAAGCCUCCAGUCCAGCCAUUCAUUCCACAAACCCUCAGAGGAUUCUCCAUCCCAGCUCAGCCCAGUCAAGAAUCUCUCCAUGAAACGCCCAGUGCCUUCCGACCAUCCAGAAAGUCAGAUGCCGAAAAAGCAACGUUUAUUAGACCAGAACAUGCCCUUGCCUCUCAGCUCCUCCAUGAGCCGUAGCUCUUCCGCUCAUGGAAACUCAAGUUUGCAGAGGGGUAGCAGUAUGGCUCAGCAGAGCCCUGAUGCUCAUUACCAGCGGCACAAACUCGGCGAGUCCAACAGCGUGCCCAAACCAGAACAGCCAGAAGCAGCACAGCAGCCAUCGUCCAGCCCCAAACGCCCGAGAACAGAACCAGAAAUCUGCACUGACCAGCAGCUAGCAAACGGCCAGCACAAAAAGAAGUCCAAGAAGCAUAAAGAAAAAGAGAGGGAGCGCUUAAAACCUGAGUGGGUCGAGACCAGCCCGGACCUUAAACAGAACCAGGAAAAUAUCAGUGGUGGGUUAAAAGACCAUGAACGACCCAACACACCUGUCUCUCGUGCCUCUCCCGAUGAGCUGCCUGACUAUUUAUUAAAAUACAACACUAUCACAGACUCUGAGCAGCGGCAGAGGUACAAAGAGGAUUUCUGUGCGGAAUAUGACGAGUACAGAGACCUUCAUGAACGUAUAGGUAAAGUCACAGAGAUAUUUGUUCAGCUGGGAUCCAAGAUAAAGACGCUGUCUCCCGGGACACACAAGUAUAAGGUAAUGGAGGAUCAAAUAAUGGAGAAGUACAGAAAGUAUAAGAAGAAGUUUCCAGGCUACAGGGAAGAAAAGAAGCGCUGCGAGUAUCUCCACCAGAAACUAUCACACAUCAAAGGCCUGAUUCUGGACUAUGACCGCACACAAGCGCCCUCCUAGUGCCAGCCGUUCCACUCUCCUCCUCCUUCCCAGUCCGCUCGCAUGGACCAAACGACUCCUCAGUGGAAAUAAACCAAGACCAAAUGUCUCUCUUGAGCACGACGAGGCAUUUCCACGUCUUUCCUCCACACAAACUGUGGGUAACAAUGUGGAGGCUGAGGAUCUAAGCCCAAACUAUCACACAAAGGCCAAGACCUCCGACUAGUGACUUAAGCCCUUUAAAGUUUUUUUUUUUUUUGUGUGUGUGUGUAUAAAAAGUGUUGUAUGGAAGAAUUUUUUUUCCCCCUUCCCAAAUGCAGCAUACGUGUAACCGUUGCCCUUGAUCUUGUAACUUCGGCUCUGAGCUCUGACUUUCAGGGCCGUGGGCUGCUUUUAUGGUACAAUCAUAAAGCCUGGAUGAGAGAUGAUUAUCUGUACUGUGUUCGGUCUGUCAGUGAUUUAUCAGAGAACUUAAGCACAGUUUCUAUUUUGAUAUUUUACUGAAUGUAUAUUUGUACACUUGUAAGAUCUCGACAUCUAUAAGAGAGUGUUUAAUCACUGGAUAGAAUAAGGGAAACCUGGAAUUUUCUCAACUCUGAGGUGAUCCUACCAAACUCUGAGGGUGCAAUCUGUCAUAUGAACGUCAGACUCUUAAUUAGACGAGACCUUCCUCUUUUGUGUGUAGCUACAUGAUGAGCUCUGGGAUGCAAACUGAAUCUUGAUUUCCUGUAGCCAAUCAUGGAAUGAGAGGAAAGGUGCUUAACCUUGACAGUUCAAAAUCGAUAAAGUGAUAAUUUUCUCAUGAUUUUUGUGUCCAGUGCUCAAACCACUACAGCACACUGUGUCCUUAAAAUAAUGAUGUUUAUAACAUUAUUAUUAUUAUUAUUAUUAUUAUUAUUUGGACACUAAACAGCAGAAACAAUCACGUUUAAAGCAAAUUUAAUUUCUUGUAUCCUUUUUUAAAAUAAAAAUGUAUUGAUUAAUGAAAAAAAAAAAAUCUUUAGCUGAUCUUUUUGAAAUGUUACAGGAAAUUUGACAUUUGUUUUAUUGAGGUUUAAUUUCUUGACGUUUGAUUGAACUCUGCGUUCUUUCCCUUUAACCCAUGAAGGAGACCUUCGUAGACUGUGUCAGGCUUUCUCUGAAUCCUGAUUUACAUUUGGGUCAUGUUUUCUGUGAAUGAAAGUAUACAGUUAUGUCUGUUUUCCCAGAAUGUAGUACUUGAUGAUCACAGAUUGAGGAUCUAACUAGUCUUCUGUUUUAAAUUAUGGCCUGAUGCAAACACCAAACGCUAUAGAAGCAGAGUCUUUCCAAUGUCUUUUCAAAGUCCCUCUAUGUCCAUGUCAUUCCUGUUCAUGCCCAUAGCCUCAUGUAUAUUAUGGAAGUAUUUUUGUGUCACUUUUGCGCUUUGACAUUUCUCUCGUGGAGACUGCUGAUCUGUUAUUUAUGUCACUACAGUGUUAGUUCCUCUAAUCCUUGAUCCUGAUUUGUUAUCUGGCUGGAAAAACUGAUAGAUUUGCCAAAAUAGCAUUUCUCUUUAUAUUGUUAACAGUUUGUUUCAUCCUUUCAUUUGGCAACUUCAUGUAUUGAUGUAGAUGCCUUAAAUAAACUGGACCACAUUAACUUAAUACAAAGGAAA